AUGAUGCAAAAAGAGGUUGUUACAUCUUUGGAUGAAGCUACUAUAAUUCGACCAAUUGAAGAAUGGAUUAGAUAUCAAAUCAAUGAUAAAGCAGUUCCUGUAUUCGGCUUGACCAUUACCAAUAGAGAGAAGACUCUUUAUACCAAAGUUCAUCAUCAUCCUGAUAUUAAAACACCAAUUCCAUCUAUUGACCGGUCACUUUUCAAUGUCGCUUCGGUCAGUAAGCUGUUUACCUAUGUUGCACUUCUUCAGUUGGUAGAACAAGGAAAAGUAUCACUCAACGACCUGAUCACCAAGUAUAUGCCAUCUAACUUUGCACCAAAGAAUCCAGUCGAUUGUGAUCCAAGUGAACCACCACUCUACAAGCAGAUCACCGUCUUCAAUUUGAUUCGUCAUACCUCUGGAUUGAUUCGUGAACCUCUGGAAGGCAAUUACUUUAAUGAACAUCAAUGUAAUCUUCAAGAGUUGGUUGAUUCAAUGGGUCGAUCCACCUUGGUAAUCAAACCGAAUACCUGUCACAAGUAUUCGAAUGCCGCUGUUGCCAUGGUCGGAUAUGUCAUCCAAGUGGCAUCAGGCAUGAUAUUCGAAGACUAUGUCCAACAGUUUGUUCUCGAUCCCAUUGGGAUGACACACUGCACUUUCAAGGACAUCUGGAACAACACUCGCUAUUCCAACGACGAUGAGAUGCGUCUUUCAGUUGGUCAUAUGUGGCGCUACUGGGAUGAGACAACCACCGACGUCAGUGUCUUCAAAGAAGCACCAUUAACUCAUUUCGGAAUGAAUCCAGCCGGUGGAUUGAAAUGUACACUCUCUGAGAUCAAUCAUUUCCUCCGAGUAUUCUUGAAUGGUGGUGCACCGCUCUUGAAGGAGAAAACCUUCCAAUUCAUGAUAACACCACAACCAUUGUCUGGACCUGCAGCGGAACCAAAUACUGACUACCACUACCAUCCAUCUGAAAUGACACAUGGAUUGGGUGUUGAAAUCAACCAACUUUGUGGACUACUGUUGGCACGACAUGGCGGCGCAAUCAAUGGAUUCGCCAGUGAGUUCCGUGUUCUCCCAGAAAUUGGUGUCGGUAUCUAUGCUGUGGCAACACUCGACUGUAACAAUACUCUCUCCACUCAACUAGUAGAAUAUGCUUACCAUCAUAUCAUCUCUCACUACUUCAAACCAUCACCAGAAAUACCAUAUGAUCCACUUACUUUGGUUACAGCAAAAUCACAUAUGAAAUCAGUGAUUGAAAGUCAGUCGAUUCCAAAUGAGAUUCUUGAUCAAGCAAUGGGAUAUUAUGUGCUUGAUAAAGGUGAUCCCAAGACCUAUGACCUUCAUCGUUUCAAAGUCUACCAAGAGUACAAUCAGAAGCUCUUUAUUAGAACUUCGUUCAUCUCGAAACUUUCAUGGGCUAACUCACCGUAUCAUCCAGAAGGAAUGCUUGUUACAAACGAUCGUUUGUCAUUUGGAGGUCAGUUGAAGCUAUAUACCUCGACCGAUGGUAAGGAUACAGCAAUCGAAUCAUUCCGCCGUAUAAAAGAUAUAUCUGACAACAAUCUGUUCUAUCAACCAUACAUCCCAUUGCCACCAGUCUCGUCGGCCCCACAGGAAAUACCUCAAUUCCUCAAGAAACUAGUUGGACACUACGAAGCCAAAGACCAACUUGCUCUGAUCUUUGAGGACGAUGGUACAUUGAUGAUUUGCAUUGAAUGGUUGUUUAUCUACACAUUGACAUUCGUAUCUGAACAACCAGGUUGUGUUGUAUUCAAAUUCGCAACGGAUUCAUUGUAUAAAGAUGAAAGAGUUACAUUCUAUCUAAACUCUGACAGUCGUCCUGAGAGACUUGAACUCUCUGGUAUACCAUUCUUCCACAAACAUGUCGGUCCAAUUCCAGGUCAGAGACAAGAGGGUGUAUGUUCAUCUGGGGAAGCUCAAAUCAUAUUAGAUAAAUCAUACUCUGUAACUUGUCCACACAAAGCACCUACAUCACACAGUCUUGUUGAUCUUUCAACACUCUCACCAACACUUCUCACCGAUGUAAAGUAUGCGACAACCGACAACUUUUCUGGAAUUGCAUUGUAUAAAGUUGCCAAAGCAUAUCUCCAUCAACAAGCUGCUGAAUCAUUACUUCGUUGUCAUCAAUGGUUGGAACAAUGGGGUGUUGGUUUAAUUAUCUACGAUUCUUACAGACCAUGGAAUGUGACUUGGGCAAUGUCGGAAUCAGUCAAACCUGAAUUCAGAGGAUUGUAUGUUGCCGAUCCAAAUAAAGGAUCUGUUCACAAUCGAGGUGGUGCUGUUGAUUUGACUCUCUAUGAUUUGAAAACUGGUGAAAUCAUUCCAAUGCAAGGUGAAUACGAUGAACUCUCAAUCAGAUCACACAGAUCAUAUUUCGGUGGAACAUCAAGACAGAGAUGGUUCAAAAAGUUAUUGACCACUGCAAUGAUGAAUCAUGAUUUCAUUCCAUAUGAACAAGAAUGGUGGCAUUUCGAUUAUAAAAUAUCAUUCGAUGUUUUAAACAUUCCAUUGGAAAAUCUUUAA